UUGAAGAGAAAGAAAGAAAGAUUUGAAAAUUAUUUUUUGUUUUAUAAAUAUUGUUCAUUCUCACUGGAAGAUGGAGAAAAACGGACAAGGUCAAAAUGUUCAGGUUCCUGUUGUUAGACCAGAUCAAGCUAAAUCAAAACCUAAGAUUGCUCAUCAACCAAUCCCCUCAUCGCGUUAUAAUGAACUGCUUCGGGUGAUUGAGGAAUUGGGAAAAGAUGUCAAACCAAGUUACGCUGGGAGCAAGAAUGCCGGCGAACGAUUAAGAAAGGGGAUACUUCAUGCAAGAGCAUUAGUUCGAGAUUGUCUUCUGGAGACGGAACGAAAUGCAAGGAAAUAAGUCAGGAAGCAUUCACAGCCUAAUGGAUGAAGCAGGGAUGAAGCUGUGAUGGCUGAAACCUGCCUUAAAAAUAGGUCAAAGAACAUAACAAACUAAAGCAUUUCAUUGGUCCAUCUUUUAUUAUCAGUAUAAGAUAAAUGUGCUUCAUUGAUCUGUGUUUGAACUAUAUGGAAAUGAUCAUAAGAAUAAUGCUGUUUUAAGCAUUACCCUGGUAGUUCAGACACAAUUGAUGGCAGUUUAUUAUAUUUACAAUA